AUACAUGCUGUGACACGCCUCCUGUCAAAACGUCACAUCUGAAACAUGGCAGCUUACUUGAGCCGGUUACACCACAUCUCGCUCCACGUUUCCAACGCGCAGAAAGUCGCCAACGACCUUGUAUCCAAGUUCAAGUUCAACUUGUUUGCCACCCGGCUAACCGACGGGUCCCGGCAGCUGGCUCUCCGGAAAGGAGCGGCCGUUUUCGUCGUGAAUGAAAGAGCAAACGGGAGCAGCGUGAGAUCCAGGGAAGGGCUGCCGGGCAUCACAGACGAACAUUCACCCGAGCCGCGCCGGGUCAACGUGGGGAAACGCCGCCAGGGUCAUUUUACGCAAUGCCUGUACGAUGCCCCCCCACUGUACUCGGUGGAUACUGUAAACAACGUGUGUUUUGAGGUGGAGGAUGUGGAGAGGUCGUGCGGGGCUCUUCGUCACCUGGGCUGCAGUUUCCUGGUGCCUCCCACCACUGUUCGGGACGAGGGUGGUUUUGUCACGUACUCGGUGGUAAAAUCCAUCGUGGGGAAUGUGUGCCACACGUUAAUUGACAGGACGAAGUAUGAGGGAAUCUUCUUGCCUGGGUUUGAUGUCGUUGAAAAGGACUGCAGCUCGGCAGAGGAGGACGUGGCUUGUCCAAUCACACAUUUCGAUCACAUAACUUACGCCUGCCCCAGGAAAACAACCCACCAGGUCAUGAGGUGGUAUGAACAGCUCUUUGGUUUUCAGAGGUUUUUCAUUGAUAGUGCAGAGGAUGUGGACGAAGGUUUUGUCGUAAACCAGGAGGGCAUUGGACUACGCCUUACCGCCAUGGAGUACUGGAAAUGCAGCAAAGCAGGUGUCAUUCUUCCCUCUGUGGACAAAAAAGAGCCUGACUGCAAGUUUGUCAUUGCAGAAUCACUGCCUGAACAAGGCAGGAACCAGGUUGACACCUUCCUGGAGCAGCACAGGUCCCCAGGGAUCCAGCACAUUGGGCUGUACACAAAAAACAUUGUUUCCACUGCACACGCAAUGGCUGGAGCUGGUGUACAGUUUUUCUCCCCUCCACCCGCCUACUACACCGAGGUGGGAAAACUGCAGGAAAUAGAGGAGGCAGGACACAACGCCCAGAUGCUGGCGCAGCAUGGCAUUCUCCUGGACACAGACCUGAACCAGGAUCCCUUAUCAAAGAAAGCAUCCAGUGAAAACAGAAGGUACCUUCUCCAGGUGUUCACCAAGCCCAUCUUUGCAGAGGACACCUUCUUCCUCGAGCUGAUAGAGCGAAGAGGGGCGACAGGUUUUGGCGAGGGAAACAUUCGAGCGCUGUGGAGGUCGGUGCAGGCCUACAUGGAGAAUGAGAGGGGGGAUUCUCAAGGAGAGGGAUCCCUGAAAACUGUUGACACUGUUCAGCAUUAGUCACUCCAAACAUAUUUAAUUGAGGCCAUUUUAUUUUAUGUCUUUUUAUAUAUAUAUAUAUAUCGAUGUGAGAGCACGCAGUAAGUCAUGUAAAAUGUAAAAGAUGUAAAAUAUUUACGGAGGAUUUUUCCACGUGUUCUCUACCUCAGUAGUGGAUUUAGUGGUAAACAUCAAGUUAAUGUUACACAGCUUACAUAUUGUAUUAAUAUCUACCUAUGAAUAUGACUGAACAGAUCAAAGAUGUAAAACUGCAUUGUGAACCAAGUGGAUCAAAAACAGAUGCUACAUACUAUACUUGAAACAUUACGACAAAUUUGCACUUGCUGUAGCAGUAAAAGAAUGUCUUUGUUUUCACCGUCAAUACAAAUCAACUGAUGUGUCCAGGGCAACUAUUCCUCAAUAAAUCUGUAACUCAGAGCAGACUG